AGUUGUCACUCGAUUGGUCAUGCUGGCUGCUGACGAACACAGGGAAGGAGGACAACAUUGGACAACAACAUGGACCUUUGAAAAUAACUGAGACUUCAACACAGUCUUGGACAACAGCAAACUGCAAACAUGACAAAUGUGUACUCGUUGGAUGGGAUUGUGGUAUUUGGGAUUCUGUUCAUCUGUACAUGUGCAUACCUCAAGAAGGUGCCUCGCCUCAACAGCUGGCUACUCUCAGAAAAGAAAGGUGUGUGGGGGGUGUUCUAUAAAGCUGCAGUGAUUGGGACUAGACUCCACCAUGCUGUGGCGAUAACCUGUCUGACGAUGGCAUUGUACCUGGUCUCCUUAAAGUGACAGUGUCAGGCUGGGAUGGACCAGACUGGACUAGGAUGGACUGGAGUGGACCGGACAUGGCCAGGCUUGGCUGGGCUGGAUUGGCCUGUGCUGGUUUGCCACCCAUGGACACUGUUUGGACAAUGUGUGCCCAACACUCCCAAUUUAUUCACCCAGGACCUGUAAAGGAUAAGGAUAAGCCAAUAGUGCCCCACAUUAGGUAAAUAAGAUCCCUGUAGCUCACUGCACUCUUCUAAACCUGACAUCAUCAAUCCCUGCAUGACACAACUGUCAUCCAGUUUACCCUGAGUUUCCUGUACAGAUCUUAUAGAACAGUGUUUCUAUUCUUGAGGUGCACAUUCUUUGUUCUUGAUUCUACUGUUCAAUUGCUCAACCAGUCACCAAGCCAUUGAUUAGUUGAAUCGGGUGUGUUAGCUCUGGGCUGAAACAAAAACGUGGUCCACCUGGAAUGGAUUAGGGAUCACAGUGAUGGAGAUGUCAGCAUGCUAAGUAGUGUCAGCAUGCUGAUGUACUCAGCACGCUCAUGUGUUGAGUAGUAUCUUUAUUUAAUACUGUUGUUAGCAGAAAUAAUAGGUUUUUUAUUAUUUUUAUUAUCAUCUAAUUACCAUUCUCAACGGUUUAUUCUGGGGAAAGGACUGGUAUACAGGAAUAGCCUAAAAUAAUGUGGAAAAUAUUAAUUCCUGUUUAAAGUCAGACUUCGGUUGUAUAUAUUUAGGGGGGAAAGUCAGUAUAAUAGAUUUGAAAAAGCUGUUUUCUGUAGAGCACCAUAGAGAAGAGCAUCACAUGCAUUGUUGUUAAGUCUAAAUAUCUCUUUGUUUAUUCAAAGGUAUUUUUUAACGUUAAAGUGGUUGUACGUUGUCAUGAUUAUCGUCACUAUCAUUUUUCAACAACCAGGAAUAACCUUGGGCCAUAGUUAAAAGCUAUAAGGUCACAUGUUCAGGUAAACUCUUGGUUCCUUGCCAAAUUUUCACAAACAAAACUAAUAUAGGAGAAAUGUCUUGGUGUCUAGCUUAACCUCUUAUUUUCUUUCAACCUCUGUUCUUCUUUUUUUGCUCUGUAAUUUAUGUAUGAUUUCCCUGUUUGGAAAAACCACUACAGAUUUCUGCACCAGUGCUUUGUGACUGGCCCGCUGUAUGUUGUGUGACAAUAGCACUCGUCAUCUUUGGGGAAAAUAAAUUUGAAAAAAUUACUUAAAAUAACUUAACAGUGCAGCAUGUUACAUUUUAGUGAAAGAUGCAAUGAGAACCUCUGUCAAUGAAAGUGUGCAACUCAUGACCACAGCUCAAUAACAUGUACAUUGUGGCGUUGUCUUAAUCUACAGUAAGUAGUAGACAUGUAUGUAUAUAUAUAUAUGUUAUAUAUAUGUUUUUUAAACCUUUAUUUAACUAAGCAAGUCAGUUAAGAACAAAUUAUUAUUUACAAUGAUGGUCUACACCGGCCAAACCCGGACGACGCUGGGCCAAUUGUGCGCCGCCCUAUGGGACUCCCAAUCACGGCUGUUUGUGAUACAGCCUGGAUUCAAACUAGGGUGACGCCUCUAGUACUCAGAUGCAGUGCCUUAGACCGCUGCGUCACUCGGGAGCCCAUUGUUGGAGAGAUAGCAACCAUUAAAGCACUCUUGUAUGAUAAUGGUGGGUUAAAUUGUGGAUGAGGGUAGAAUAGACUGACAAUAUCCCUUUUCAUUGCUUUCACCAUUAUGUUUUGUAUACUUUAGAAAUUAUUAUGUUAACUGGUGUUGAUGAUCCAUUGACUGGGAUUUUUUUUUAAAAGGUGCAAUGAAAGAUC